GCCCAUCUUCGCCAGGAAUCUGCUGCUCUCAUUCCCUGUCACAGGCUUUAACGGACGCCUGAGGGAAAGCGAGGGCACAGCUCGGCCUGAUGUGCCAAGUGACUGAUGGUGUAGUCUGAUGACUGACGCCACGCGUCCUGGUACCCAGCCCUGCUUGGGGGACCAGAAGAAUCCCCUGGACGUUGAUGAGAAAUUGGGGACGCCCCAAGGACUCUGGACUGGUGGAGAGAUGGCUAACCCUGUCCCGUCAGCCUGCUGCGUGGUGCUCGCCGCGGUGGUGGUGGUGUACGCCCAGAGACACAGCCAGCAGGACAGCCACAUCCAGUAUGAGCGGGUAGGCGCAGAUGUGACCAUGAAGUGUGGCUCCAUGGACUGGGAUGCAGCUGUGACCUGGACGGCCAAUGGCACCGACAUUGAUGAGUCCCACCUGAAUGGCUCCUACCUGAUCCUGAAGAACGUUGACCUGACACAGAGCGGACAGUACUCCUGCUACGAGGGCUCCUCCUGGCACCUCAAAUACCAGACCUACCUGAGGGUGGGAACCCCCCCAAAGGAGCCAGUGCUGAUGUGCCGGUCCAACAACUACCCGAAGGGUUUCUACUGCAGCUGGCACCUGCUCACUCCCACCUACAUCCCCAACUCCUUCAACAUCUCCGUCAUACACGGCACGAGAGAGAUGGUCUGUGAGAAGGAUGUCUUUCUCAAAAACAGGUGUCACAUCAGAUACCUCCAGCUCUUCUCGACGGUGAAGUACAAGGUGACUCUGACAGUCACGAAUGCUCUGGGCAAAAACUCCACCACUCUCACCUUUGACGAGUUCGCCAUAGUAAAGCCAGACCCUCCAGAGAGCGUGGUGGCCAAACCCGUGCCCAAUAACCCUCGAAGGCUGGAGGUGUCAUGGCAAAACCCCUCGUCCUGGCCCGACCCCGAGUCUUUCCCGCUCAAGUUCUUCCUGCGGUAUCGGCCCCUCAUCCUGGACCAGUGGCAACACGUCGAGCUGUCGGACGGAACAUCACACACCAUCACGGAUGCCUAUGCCGGCAAGGAGUACAUCAUCCAGGUGGCGGCCAAAGACAAUGACAUCGGCACGUGGAGCGACUGGAGCGUGGCCGUGCAUGCCACCCCCUGGACCGAGGAGCCCAAGCAUCUCACCACGGAGGCUCAGGUCACAGAGACAACGAGCGCUAGCACCUCCUCUUUCAUGCCGCCCCCCACCACCAAGAUCUGCGACAAGGGGGCUGUGGUGGGCAGCGGGGCCGUGGCAGUGUGUUGGACAGCUGGACUGGUCUUGGCUGCCUAUGGCGUCCUCUUUAUUUAG